UCCCUCUCCGUGUGCAGCGGUAGGUAGAUGUGCUGCAGCGACACCAGGCAGUUCAGGGCUCGAGCCGACGGCGCACACACCCACCCACCAGCCGAGAGCAGGACCGCCUCAUUCAGCCGAUCCUUCCCACACGCCGCCGCCGACGCUCCCUCCUCCUCCCACAGCGGCAGAUAAACUUCCAGAAAGCUCCGCUGCUUUCAGCCGUAUUCCCCUCAGCACACUGCAGGGAGGAGUUUCUCGCAGCUACGCUCACUCAGCAUCUGCACCUUUGACCGGUGACCGCCAUGGAAACCCCGAGCCAGAAACGCCCGCGUGGCGCCGUCUCCCCGGCCCGCAUCACCAGGCUGCAGGAGAAAGAGGAGCUGUGCAACCUCAACGACCGGCUGGCCACCUACAUCGACAAGGUCCGCUCCCUGGAGUCGGAGAACGCCACGCUCCGGCUGCGCAUCUCCGAGUCGGAGUCCGAGGUCACCCGCGACCUGUCGGGCAUCAAGGCGGCCUACGAGACGGAGCUGGCCGACGCCCGCAAGACCCUGGACAUGGUGGCCAAGGAGCGGGCGCGGCUGCAGCUGGAGCUGGGCAAGAUCAGGGAGGAGCACAAGGAGCUGAAAGCCAGGAAUGCUAAGAAGGAGUCGGACCUGGAGGCAGCUCUGCUCCGGCUGAGGGACCUCGAGGCCAUGCUGAACUCCAAAGAUGCUGCCUACACCACCGCCCUGGGGGAGAAACGAAACCUGGAGGCCGAGGUGAAGGACCUCAAGGCCCAGCUGGCCAAGCUGGACGUCAACUUGGCCGAUACCAAGAAGCAGCUGCAGGAUGAGAUGCUGAGGAGGGUGGAUGCGGAGAACCGCCUGCAGACCCUGAAGGAGGAGCUGGAGUUCCAGAAGAACAUCUACGCCGAGGAGCUGCGUGAGUCCAGGCGUCGGCACGAUUCUCGCAUCGUGGAAAUCGACGGCGGCAAGUCGCAAGACUUUGAAAGCAAGCUGGCCGAAGCUCUGAUGGACCUGAGGGCGCAGCACGAGGAGCAGGUCCGCAUCUACAAGGAGGAGCUGGAGAAGACCUACAACUCCAAGCUGGAAAACGCCCAUCAGUCGGCAGAGAGAAACAGUCACAUGAUCGGCGCCGCCCACGAGGAGCUGCAGCAGACCCGGAUCCGCCUGGAGGGCAUGACGUCUCAGCUGACCCAGCUGCAGAAACAGCUGGCGGCCAGCGAGGCCAAAGGCCGGGAGCUGGAGGAGAGUCUGUCCCGAGAGCGGGACCUGAUGAGGCGCCGGCUGGAGGAUAAGGACCGGGAAAUGGCAGCGAUCCGGGCCCGGAUGCAGCAGCAGCUGGACGACUACCAGGAGCUGCUGGACGUCAAGCUGGCUCUGGAUAUGGAGAUCAACGCUUACAGGAAGCUGCUGGAGGGAGAGGAGGAGAGGCUUCGUCUGUCCCCCAGCCCCUCGUCCUCUAAGGUCACGGUGACUCGCACCUCCGGCUCGGCCCACGCCAGCCGCCUGCUCCUCUCCUCCGUCGCUGCCUCCGCCGCUGCCGCCGUGGCCUCCAGCAGCCGCAACUCAUCCAGCACCAGCAAGAAGCGUCGCCGCGACGACGACAGCGAGACGAACAGCAUGGUGGGCGGCACCGUGACCAAGACCCGCAUCAGUCAGCACGCCUCCGCCAGCGGCCGCAUCACCGUGGACGAGGUGGACCUGGAGGGGAAGUUCAUCCGUCUGAGCAACAAGGCUGACGAGGACCAAUCGCUGGCCCACUGGCAGCUGAAGAGGCAAGUCGGGAGCGACACGCCGAUCGCCUUCAAGUUUCCCAGCAAGUUCACUCUGAAGGCCGGAUCCACCGUGACUGUCUGGGCUGCGUCCGGAGGAGGAACCCACAACCCUCCCACCGAUCUGGUCUGGAAGAGCCAGGCUUCCUGGGGCACCGGUGACCUCCUGCAGACCACCCUGAUCAGCGCCGGCGGAGAGGAAAUGGCCACGAGGAAAGUGACGCGCUCCCUGUUCCAGGAUGAAGAUGAUGACGACAUGGGAGCUCACAGCACCAGCGGAGAGCACGAGUACAACCUGCGCAGCCGCACUGUGGUCUGCGACUCGUGUGGACAGGCGGCGCCGACGGAGCGCUCCGGCGGAUUGGAAGGCCUCGGAGGACACGCCUUCUUCAUGGGAACCAACGAGCCCAGACAGGGUCGCAUGAAGCCGGAGAACUGCUCCGUCAUGUAACAACCACAGAGCACCUCACCUGAACGCGCCACACAGCAGGAUCCUUUUCUACCGUCGGGAUAUUUUCUUUAUUUUUUUAUGUGAUGAUCUUUUUUGUAUUCAGAUUAAUCUGCAGGUUGGAUCUGCUUCCUGUUUUUUUUUUUUUUUUUUUGGAGAUGGGCUCAGGAUGUUCUGAUUCUCUUAUGUUGAAUUCAUUUAUUUUUUUUCCUGCAUGUUUGCUGCACAACGCUUGUUUUGACCUCCGCUCUGUCCGCACACUCAGCUCCGCUGACCGGCGCUCUGAUCCGAUCCGAGCCGGGCCGAUCCGAGCCGGGCCGGUCCAGGCUGUGGCCGCUGAACACGCACAGCUGGUGACUUCUCUGCAGCCGCAUGGCUGAGAGGAGAACAAACCCCAGGAGCUCCGUUAAUCAGGCGAUCUGAAGACUUCUUUGUUUGUUGGAACAGUAUCGUUUCUAUUUUUCUAUGCAACAGAUCAAAAUCAUCCAAAGAGAGACUGCCGGCUCAGGUUUUUAGACAAACAUCUUAUAUAUUUAGGUGAUAUAGUCGUGUAGCUUACGGAUAAACGUAAGCUUAUAGUUUAGGGCUAAGAUGCUUUGCUUUGCAGAACAAGUUUAACUGAUAUUCCACCUUAUUUUACUCCUGUUUCUUUUUCUGAGGAUGAGUUAGAAUCAUGAGAUACGCAAAGGUCUAUCAGGAUUACAGAAUCACGGACCAAAACUCUCCCAGGAGAGUUUCCGCCGGUCCACAAGCAGAGCAGCGAUGGGAUGUGAAGGACUGGUGUUUGCAGAGAGCAGGCGUGGAGAGAUGAGGUCAUCAGGGCGAGACUGGAGCGUCCGUCAGUCGGUCAGAGGACGGAGGACGCCUUGCAGAGACAUCAGACGCCGUCACCAGCACUUAGUGCAGUUUUAUAGGGGUCUAGUUGUGGGUUGCUUGAGGCUCGUUGGUUGCAUCAUGCAGAUGUUUUGCAGGUGGACAGUUUCCUUUACAGCUUGGUGUAAGAUGACACAACACACAAGUUUUGGGUUGUUGUGAAAUCCAGACGGCCAACACAGCCGGCAGUCCGACGACUGGCCCACCCGUCCUCAUGCACACCCACAAUGUGACCCCUACCGAACUCCAACAGGUGCCGCUGAUACGCUCUGGUGCUCCUAGGAGGCGUCCUGCGUCCUCUGACUUAAACUGUUCCGACUGUAAGACGCUCCAGAAACCGCCCGAUGCCCCCAUGUCCGCGCUCAGGCGGACCCUCUCUGCUCCCUGCAGGUCCAGUCCUGUUCAUUCCCAUCCCUGGGCUGCAUGCAGACCAAAGGAAAUCACGCCUACAAUCAUUAUUUGGCUUUGAUUUAGCUGCACCAAUCAAACACGAAGGUCCAGCAGCAGCUUUAAUUUGCCUUCCUGUUAGCAGAGAUAAAUGUGCCUUCAGACGAACCAAACCUUCUCUGCUCACAUGAUGCGUCCUUCAGUCUUGUGACGGUCAGCCCUCCUCCUGCUCGGCUUGUCGCGGCGUCACGCUGGUCACAAGGGCUUUUCUUUUCCUCCUGCCUGUAGAGCUUUGUGGCUUUAGAUGGAUUGCUGGGAUCUCAGAUAAUCUGCCUUUUUCACUUUAUGCACUGCUUUCAUAGAGCGCUGCAGCAUGUAUGCAAGCAGCUAGAUUCAUACGGUAGUUUGGCAGCUUUAUGCAUUAAUACUCGUGUUAGUUUAUCCACAUAGAAAAUACUUUUUUCUUUAUUUGUCUGAUUUGUCAUUCAGGCCAAAUAUUUUUAUUUUUAAAAUCUCACGUUGAACCCUAAAGUGCCUCAGCAAUCAUCCCAUGACCUCAAUUUGAAGAAAGAGCAAUCCUGUAGUUCUGGCCAUGUUUUUAUGCACAGCCUCAGAGUUUAGCUCAAUUAAUCCUGAAGGAUCUAUUUUCUGAAAAAAAAAAAACGGGCGUUUUCUUCGGGUUGUGAAGGUCUUCCUGUUUAAGCCUCGUUAAUCACCUGAACGUCUCAAAGAUUUAAACGUUUUACCCAAAUCUGUUUGUGUCAAACUUUUUCUUUCCAUAAAGUGGAACAAUGAUUGGAAACAGAGAAGCCAUGCUUUGACGUGUUGUAAUUAUUAUUUUUCUAAAAUGAAGCUUAAAUAAAGGCUAUUUUUCCCACUCA